UACAAGAGUGGGUGGACGGGUAGGCACGGAUGUCAACAGACAACCCUGGAGAUCGCAUCACCACGGUCGGUUGUAAGCUGAAGGAGUUCACCGCGGUCAUCAUAUCUCGCGAUGGCUCAUUCUGCCGCGCGUUUUCUUCUGCAUGCGGGCCGCGCACAAACAUGACAUGUUCCCGUUUUCCACGGCAGAAGAAGAAGGCGAUGAAAAGGCAAACCACAAUCCGAUCAGUCUCGAGAAUGGCUUCACGUUUCUUGAGGAAGGCAAGGCACGAAGGCGAGCUCCCUCCGAUUGGCCUACAUGGACGGCAACGUGAAGAAGCCGGCGAACCCGUCAUGAACGAGUACGACAAGGCUGGAGCCAGCACGUACGCUCGACGUGAAAUCGUGGCCAAAAUUGGAGCAAUCGCCGUCCUGGUUAAGGGAAGGGAGUCAUUUCGGUUCCUCGAAGACCUGGCUGUAGCACCAACCAACAAUGAUGGAAACGAUGACGUACGAAUGCUGUCAGACGCAGAAGUGUUGAUGGUGCCAAGCCUCGGGCGGGACUUCAAGACCCGCCACUUCAUCCUAAAAAAAAUGAAAAGCAGAAUACGGUGAGGGAUUUGAGCCGGGUAGGGGGGGCAAGCGGGUGAAGACAGAAAGUCCUCGGCAGAUCGAAAUGGGUCAUCUGUCUAUAUGAUCUAGAUGGCUUCAGUUGCAGGCAGCACGUUUGUUGUUGGAAUCAGGAGUGCCGAGGGCAUGGCGGCGCGUGAAUACAGCUUGGUUGUACUGUAGUGUUGCAAGUAUCAUAUCCGUUGUAUCGCGUAGGUUUUGUCGUGCAACAGACCCCUUUUGUUUUUUGAUGAUGAAAGCUUGUAGCUUUCUUGUGAUGGCGAAUAUUUGGUGUAUUUGUCUUAGGGAGCUCCACCAUACAACCUGGUUUCAAGUUGCUGGUUUUGUUUUCUCCAUGUAACUUAUCUUGUUCGUUGUUUCCUGUGUGCUCCGGCGUAGGUAGGGCACAAUAUUUGACAGGACAGAAACCAGGCACCGGCAAGGUACAAUCUCAAUUCGGAUACAUUUUAGUGCGUCCCAUUGCGAUGACAAGCAGAACUACUCGUGAGGUUUCUUUUAACGAUGCACGAGGGGGGCGGGGUAGCAUGGUUCCUGAUUUUGUUUCGUUGAUGUACAUCAGCGAUGUAAGGAUACUUCACGCAGCGCUUCGCUGCUUGCUUGUUUCGAAUGAUCUUGUUGUUGCUUCGAGUGUUCUUGGUUCGAGGAUUCCUCCUUCGCACUCUGUCUGAGUGGAGACUAAGAAGACGGGAAAUGUCACGGUCAGUCUACGUACAGGAAAAUGCGUGGAAGAUAGAUAUCGAACAGCAGAUAGCUACAAGGUGGUGAGAUAUGCAUUCAUGCCGAGUGUACAGUGUGUAGUUGAAACCGCGUGUAAACAUACAGCAUUUUUCCUUUGUUUUGACAUCUGUUAUGGCGCUCCCUCUCCGGCUUUACUCCCAGCAGUUCCACGUCAUCAUGCCCUUGGCUACCAUACUCCACCACCACCACAACACACCUGCUAGUCUUCGGAGAGGAAGGCAAAGCUGUGCUGUGCUGUGCUGUAAGGCAGGACAUGUGUGGGUGGAGACCAAGAAGAGGACCAAAGAUACAGGAGAUACAGCAUGAUUUUCUUGUUCUCAGACGACCGAUUGGCGCGUCCUCUUCGGCGUUGGUAGUAGAGACAGUCUUCCCUAUAGAGCUGGCCCUCCCUUUCCGCGUCUGUCGGCCUCAGCACGUGCUUGUGGCUGUUACUGUGGUGCCG